AUGCGAUGGCCAUGGUCCACGAAUUCCGAAAGGGACAGCGAUGACAAGAAAGGUUCUGUCCCAUGGACAGAGAGCCUCAAUGCAACGGAUUGGCAGCACUACACAGACCCUCGAACCGUAGUUCCAACGAUACUUCUCACGUCAACAAUCCUGGCCUCCGUCAGUGUUUACCGCUCCUACCUGCGCAGGAUUCCCGCGGCCUCAUACAUUCGACCUAAAUUUUUUCGGAAGAGGAGUCUAUUUGGAAGAGUCACAAGUGUGGGUGAUGCGGACAACUUUCACCUUUUCCAUACGCCGGGAGGGAGGUUGACGGGAUGGGGUUGGCUGCCAGGCAGGAAGCAGAUACCUGAGAAGAAAGCUCUGAAGAACAAUACGAUACAUAUUCGUCUUGCAGGAAUAGACGCUCCAGAGGGAGCGCAUUUCGGAAAACCCGCCCAGCCUUAUUCCGAAGAGGCUCUGCUCUGGCUUCGAAACUACAUAUUGAAUCGCAGAGUGCGGGCCUACAUCUACAAAAGAGAUCAAUACGAGCGUGUCGUGGCUACAGUGUGGGUACGGAGGUUUCUCUUUCGGAAGGAUGUGGGCAAGGAAAUGCUGAAAGCUGGGUUUGCUACCAUCUAUGAGGCUAAGUACGGAGCUGAGUUUGGGAGUUUCGAGAAUGCAUACAGGAAAACGGAAGAGGUGGCGAAGAAGAAGAAGUUGGGAAUGUGGGCGGGGAAGUUGAAGGAUUAUGAGAGUCCAAGGGACUAUAAGACUCGGACGGCUGCCAUCAAUGAGCAAAAGUAG